GUAACCCAUUCUGAAAAAGUCUAUUUACCCUACCUGUGCCCAAGUCUCUGAUCUGUCCACCCCAACACUCAACCUUAAAUGGCCCGAGUCUCACCCAGAUAUCUCACCCAAAAUGAUGGCAGCAGUUGAGGACCAUAGUCAGGCCGAAUGUGGCAAAAGUGCCAUUUCUCAGCCCGAAUUGAUGGGUUCUAAAACGGAUCCCUGUGUCCUCAAUAGUGUAACAACAAUCAUGGCGUAACAAACUAUAUUUAUUCAAUCCAAGACUCCCAGAGAUCUGGAAUGAAUGAAUCUGCCUCUCAUUUAUCCUUCACCCCAGGAGCCCCAGGUGUUUACACAUGUAUGCAUGUAUACUUUCCUUUUUUUUACAGCUACUUUGAAUUAAACUUGUCUGACUGAUAUUUUGCAUCCUGUUAUUUUCUGUAAGAGAGAUGUCAUAUUUUCAUAAAAAAUCUUUGUUUUCAGCUGAAGAGAGAAACUGGAAGCGGACGGAUAGGAGAUCAAAGCAUGAUCCAUUGCACAGACAUGCCCAACCACACCCAUGUAGACAAUGUUAGCAGAGGAAAACAUUCUCACUGAAUAAAGGAGAACAUUUGAUAAGCUUAUACUUCAUCAUUUUCUUUUUAACAUCCUGGUCAAUUUAAGUUCACAAUAACAGUCAUAAAGAAAAAGAUAAGAAAUAUACAACAAACUGUAUGAUGGCUGAAAAUAUAUAACAGGGUCUGCCAUCUGAAAAUACAUCUCAAACUACUAAAACUAUUUGUAUAUUGUAAAAAAAAACUAGAUCCUAGACAUCUGGGACAGACUCCCCACAAACCCCAAUAAGGAUAAGUAAUAUAGAUAAUGAACGGAUAAAAACUGUAAACAUUCUUUAAAAGAGAGUUACGUAAUCAAAGAUAAAUAAGCUUUCAUUUCAUUUGAAAAAUCAGUUGGAAUAAACAGUGUUUUUCAAACUCUCUCCACACCCUAAACAGUUUUUGUUUGCCUGACAGUCAGUGAUGUGAAGUGUGUAGCCACAGGUCAUGAUAUCUCAUGUGCUGACUCCUUCACACUGGGUGUGUCAGUCACACUCUGUAUGUGCGUGCGUGUGAGGCGGCACACCCUUGUCAUAAUCAUUGUGUUUCAGUGUUUGUGGAAAGUCGGAAUGAUGUGUAAGCUACACUCACUGAUUUCCUUCAAUUCUUACAAAUGCUGCUCAGGUUUAGCCGAAAUGAAGUGUUUACACUGCAAAAAAAAGCCUUGUCUUGUUUUAAGAAUGGUUAGACAUUACGUAAAAUCUUCUCAAGUGAAUAUUUAUUGUUUUUAAGAAAACUGUUGAGUUGAAAAAAAAGUGUGUGUUCCUAAGUGUUUCUCUUUCUAGGUUUUGUUUAUGUGCCUGUGGUAAUGAUUGAUGGUUGGCAUGGACGUCAGUCAUGUUGAAUACAGUGUACAGAUCAAGCCUAAACAUGACUCGUGUCCGCUUCAUCCACUGAUUCAUGUCUGAGUGUUUGUCUGGGGCGUUUCCUCUUCCUUUAAGAAGACUGGCUCUCGAGUCCUCCAGGUUAUUUCCUACAGGUUGAACAGAAGGUAAUGUCAGGAUUAAACACAGCCGUGUUAGGGGCUCUUGUCUUCGGGACGCUGCUGAUGGGAAUGGUGUCUGGAGGGCCCAGAUUCUCACAUCAGCAUCAUGCACAGCAGCCUCAGAAGAUUCUUUAUCCGGGAAUAAAUCCAUCAAACCAUCAUGAGUCUCAGCAGAUUCAGUAUCCAUCAGUCCAUCAGAGACGGGACUGUCAGUAUAAUACAGCAGGAGAUCAGUGUGAGCGCUGUAAAGACGGAUACUACGGUGAUGCUGCUCAGAGAGCAUGCAGAGUUUGUCCAUGUCCUCUCAGUACUCAAGCCAACAAUUUUGCAGUGGGCUGCAGUGAAAGCGAUGGCAGAUUGCAGUGUUUGUGUAAAGCAGGUUACACGGGGGAGAGAUGUGAGCGGUGUGCGCCGGGGUUUUACGGCGAUCCGUGGGUCCCUGGUGGUCGCUGUCAUCCGUGCAACUGUCCUGGAAACUCUUGUGAUUCUCUCACUGGAGUGUGCAGGGAUUUUCUAGAGCUCCGAGACACUAACACAGAUGAACAAUGUGAAGAGUGUGACAGCUGUGCACAGACGUUGCUGAAUGAUCUAGAAAAGCUCGACAUUGAUCUGAGAAGAAUGAAAGAACGGCUGGAUCUGGAUUCUCUCAGACCUUCAGCUCAGGAAUAUCUGCAGAAGCUUAAGGACGCUCUUGCUGUCACAACGAAUCGUGUGAAUACAUUCAGCUCCACAGUCAAUAACCAGAAGCUGGAGAUAAAUCAGCUGGAGCGAGACCUCGUUCUUCUGACUGAUGAUCUGGAGCAUCUAAAGGAACAGGCAAGGAAACGGUCAGAAGAAUCUCAGAAAGCUCUUGCCAAUAUUGAAAACAGCCAUCAAAGAGCAAAAGAUCUGGACACAGAAACACAAAACCUCCAGAGGAAAAUACAAGAUCUACUGAAACAGCUGACAGAUGCGAACAGCGCCGGAUCAACUCUGCCCUCAUCGGAUCUCGUGAAACUUCUGCAGGAGUCUGAGCGCAUGGUCAAAGAAAUGGAGAAGAGAAACCUAAAGCCUCUGACAGAUGCCAUCAAGAAAGAGCAAGAUCAUGCAAAUCAAUUUUUGGAGCAAGUGAAUAACAUCAUGAAGCAGUGUGAUGACAAUAAAGACACGUCUGAGCGUGUUGAGAGUUUCCUGAACAGCUAUGAGACCAAAGUGAAAGAGUUAGAAGAUUCAUUGAAACGGGCUGUUGACAUUGUGGAGAACGCCAGCGAUCAGAAUGAUGUCAAUGCUGAACACCUUAAAGACGUCCUGGAACGACUGAAGGAGUUAAAGAGCGAGCGGGAUGUUGUUCGGGAUCAGAUGACUUUGGCAGUGAAUCAGCUGAAAAACACAGAAGACCUUUUGAAAACCUUCAAUAACAGUAAAACGGAGCAUCAAGAGCUCGCGACACAGCUUAACAGCGCUAAGACUGACCUGAAGAACAAAGUCCAGGAGAUGUCUCAAGCUGAAGCUCAAGAGAAGAUUGUGAAGCAAGCAGAAGAACAUGCAGAAAACCUGCAGAAACUGGCCAAACGUCUCCAAGAAGCUGUACAGAACGUGAGCGGACUCUCGGCUCUCUCAGGGAUUGAAGCGUAUAAAAACAUCACAGAUGCUGUGAACGCUGCACAGGAGGCGGCAGCGAAAGCCCGAGAUGCUGCCAAGAGAGCUCUCAAUGAUGUGAGUCAAGAAGACCUCCUCCAGAGGGCAAAGCAUCUGAAAGACAAUGGCAAUAACCUGCUGAAAAAUGCCAAAAGUGCAGCCAGAGAUCUUAAAGGAGCGAGCAAAGACUUGAGUAACCAAACCAAACGUCUGCAAGACACAGAGAAGAAAAAGAAAGUGCUGGAGGAGGAUCUGAAAUCUGUUCAGGACGGUCUAAAUGAAAUCAAGCCAGAUUACAUUGAUUUAAUCAUUGACGCAGCCAAGAAAACUGCAACGGCCGCCAAUCGCAGCACAAGCGACACGGUGGAGCAACUGAAUAACAUCAAAGCUGAAGUUAAAAAGAUCUCCAUUAGUCCCACGGUUUCUAAUGUUGACAAUGUUCUCCAAGACGUUGACAAGAACGUGAAGAACCUGAGCGGCUCCAUCCCGUCCCUGCUGGAUAAAAUCCAGGAGCUGAAUUCACAGCUCAGCUCAGCAAACAAUGUGUCUGAGAACAUUAACAAGAUAAAGGAGCUGAUCGAAGAAGCGCGUGAAGCCGCUAACAGAAUCGUUGUGCCCAUGAAGUUCAGUGGGAAUGGACACGUGGAGCUGCGCCCCCCCACAGACAUAGAUGACCUGCGAGCGUACACCGCUCUUACUCUGUCUCUCCAGAGACCCAACAAACCCACCAACCGCAGACGCCGGCGCCAAAGCCCCGCAGGCAAUCUGUUCGUCUUCUACAUCGGAAGUAAAAACGCCUCAGGAGACUACAUUGGCAUGGCCCUUCGGAAUAAUUUCCUUCAUUUAAUUUAUAAGCUGAAUGGAGAGGAAUAUGACCUGAAGACAUCAUCCAACAUCACAGAGUCUCCUUAUGAACCGGCUUUCUUUGACAAAAUUGCCAUUCACAGAAUUUAUCAAGAUGCUGAGAUCAUUCACACGCAACAGUUCACAUCCAGCAAUCCAAAGCCUCCGCAGACACAAGAGAAUAUGGGCGAGCUGAGCCGUAACCUGCUGGAUCUCAGCGCCAGCAAUGUGGUGUUUUAUGUGGGAGGGUAUCCGGAUGACUUCAAGCCCCCCACGUCACUCAACUAUGGCAAAUAUAAGGGCUGCAUCGAGUUUUCCACCUUCAAUGAGAAAUUCAUCAGCCUGUACAACUUUAAGAAUGCGGUCAAUAUUAACUUAGAAAGCCCUUGCAAGAGACAUAUCCCAGUAACAAGCUCACAGUCCAAUUACUUUGAAGGCUCCGGUUACGCCAAAGUUAUGCUGGAGAAGUUCCCAAACUACAUGGGCAUCAUCCAGAAAAUGCAAACUCGAUCUGAGGAUGCACUUCUGCUAUAUUUAGGAGAUGAGAAUGACGACUUCUUCUACAGUAUCUCUCUGGAGAGUGGCUAUCUUGUCAUGCGCGGUCAAGAAAAAGACAAGAUUUUCGAGCCCGUCAGAAGUGAGAAGAAAAUAAGCCUUAAUCCCGAAAAAGAUGUCAAAGUCAUGAUCACCUUUUCCAAAGACAUUAAAGUCAUAAUAGGUCAAACUGAGACCAAAUCGACAGAGUUCACUCCUAAAAAGUUCCAACAUUACUACGUCGGCGGUAUACCCAGCAACUUGCGGCAGAGAUACAACAUUACCGUGCCACCUCUGAAAGGCUGCGUGAACAUCAUCAGUGCUGGUGGUAUCAGUCCAUAUAUCAAAGAAGAGGUGGGCAUCGGCCGAGGCUGCUCUCCGGAGCUACUGGUGGUCAGAAAUGCUGAAUUCAGCGUGGGCGGCGUGUUACAGAAAGAUCACCAGGACUACAGCCUGCAGGGAGAUGUGAACCUUUCACUCGGCUUCAAGAGUACAAAACCAGACGGCAUCUUACUGCAGAAUAGAAAAGAUAAUGAUAACAUUGAGCUUUCCAUGGAGAGAGGACAUGUGCUGCUAAAAUUACAAGGCAACAUCUGGAAAUCUACUCAACAGUAUCAGAAUGGUACAUGGCAUUAUCUCUCUGUGGUCAGACAGGGUCAACGUGUUGAACUUCGAGUGGAUGAAGAUGAUGUUGGACAGAAACUGACAGAAUCUUCAUCUGAAGUUUAUUCUUCUAACAUAGUUUUGGGCAAAGACACUUUCAGCGGAUGCAUCUCAAACGUCUAUCUGAGGAGACCAGAGGCUUUAUUCAGAGCAGAGGAUCUGAGUUCAUACAUGGCUACAGGACACGUUCACAUGAGCUCAUGCAGUGCCAGAUAAAACAUUUCACUGACGAGACGACAGAAACCUGCAAGGGUUUUACCUGUGUACAACAACACGCCAUCACUUUUUCACAGCAUUAUCUGUAUGAUCCUAAUAAAGACAUUUCAGUCAACAACAGUCUGGAGACGAUUACACAAGUAUCUUAAGAGUUAACCCUUAUGUGGUGUUUGCGAUUUCAAUGUUUCUAAAAAAAACUGGCAAUUUAUAACCUUUUUAUUUAUUCAAGAGAUUUUUUUUUUACAUCCAAAUAAUAGAUUAUUCUUUUUUUUUAGCUAUUUUCACCAAAAAAUUACAAAAAUACCCACAUAUGCUGUCUAUAAUGUUUAGCAUUAGAAUAAAGUUUCUUUAUGGCUGUGGAGAACUACAAACAAUAAAA